AUGGCGGCUCCCGUAACAGCAUGUUGUUUACGUUUCUCGCGACCUGUACAGUAUGCAAACAGGACUGAACUGUCUCGACAGCUAUUAUCUAGAUUAAAUUGUGAUGCAUUUUUAAUUCGCUAUUUAGGCAGCGGUCAAAAGCUCUUGGCCAAGCACUCGGUUAAUUCACAGGGCGAUCAGCCUGCUGACAUCCCAGUUGAUAAACUUAAAAUAACUUACAGUCGGAGCAGCGGACCAGGAGGUCAACACGUAAACAAAGUCAAUACAAAAGCAGAGGUUCGGUUUCAUGUUCAGACAGCAGAAUGGAUUUCAGACGAGGUGAGAAAGGAGAUCCUCUUCAAGAAUAAAACGCGGAUAAAUAAAGUUGGCGAGUUAAUUGUAACUUCAGAGGUUAGCAGAAGCCAACAGAGGAACCUGGAUGACUGUCUACAGAAAAUCUCUGAGAUCAUUAGUGAAGCCAGUCAGCGACCACCAGAGCCAUCAGCAGAGGAUCUUGCCCUGAGGGCUAAAAGGUUAGAAAAAAGAAAUUUAGCAAGGCUCAAACAGAAAAAGAUGCAUUCUUCAACGAAGCAAGCACGACAGGUUAAUUUUGACUGAGUUGCAACUGUGAAUUUUUUUUUUUUAUCUUUUGAAUAUAUUGUAAAUAUUAUACUCGUUUAAAGUUGUGAAUAUCCUGGGCCUCAUGUUUGAAUGACCUGACUGAAGAAUAUUCUCCUUAACCCCCAAAUUGAUAUCAAUUUAACAAUAUUACUAUGUAUUAUGUAACUGUUUGCAUUAAACUAAAUUUAAACGUUAUAACUAUGUUUUGCAUUCUGAAAUAAAUGGACAAAUUAAAGUAUAAUUGUUAUAAUUAAAG